ACAAUUUCCACGUUAGGAUUUUAAUUGUUAUCUUGACGUUUAUUAACACCCUGGAUCUCAAAAUAUGACUCAUUUAACUGCACAGCAUUACAUACUUACAACAGGUAGUCUUCGCAUUGGAGAUAGGACUUGGUUGAUAUAUAUUUUCUAGGUAACGCUAUCUAGUAGCUAGUAACGUUAGCUAUGUUUUUUCACACUCAAAUAACCUCCAUCAUGGAGGUGCUAGCAAAUGCAGCCGUGGCAGAGAUCUGUAAACUCGUAGACGACGACUAUGCAGUGUUUCGUUUGGAAAUAACUAAAAGCCAAAAAGAAAGUAGGGCAAUGCGGAGGAAACUACAGCUACUCGAACUGAAGGUGGCACGGGAGCGCGCAGAGAGGACAACGCGAAAGCGCGUCCUCGACAGUCGUCCUGGUAGUGUCAACAUCCUCGACCGAUACAGAGGAAUGGCAAGAGGUGAAGGACAUCUUACUGGAGGCCACAGCAGCUUUGUGAAGCCAGCGGAACACAACGUGUGGAGAGAUGACCAACCCAUAGCUAUAGAUGAGGGGAGUGGAACCUCAACCCAGCAUGUUAUCGUGAUAGAGUCUGCAGAUGCAGAGGCUGCAGGUCCUGGGGUCAAGCAGGAGAGGUCUGAAGGAGAGGAGGACCCACGGCACAGCAGAGACAUCCAGACUGGAGCGCCCCCUGUAGCCACAGAGGACCCCACCACGGCCCCAGCGCAGCCCAGGAUGCGACACAGCAUCACGGAGGUCAGUGGAACGCAGAACGCCGUCCUCAAGUCAGAGACCGACACCAAGACUUUAACUUUAACACACAGGCUCUUACACACAGGUUCUGACCACAGAUCUGACCCAGAGAGACUGGGGCGGGGGAGACUGGGCUGUCCUCCUGCUCCCGGUUCAGAGCACUUACCGGUAUUUCACCAGAGCCAGAGGACGGUUCAUUCCCGUGGUGAUGGUGAUGCGUUAGACACUGGUGUUGAUGAUCCCUCUUGUUCUUACACUACAGAGAUGGACCCUGGCAACAUGCCCUUGGGUUUAGAGACACAGACUGAUCUGUCUAAAGGGGACUUGAACCAGUACAGUAGUAGUGUAUACUCUGAAGGGUGCCUAGAUAAGAAAGGGGAGGUUAUAGUGGUAGAUGAGGUGACUGUGAAAGUGGAGGGCGUCGUUCCUCCCACAUGGAAUGCAGAUAGUCACCUAGGAAACAGACACUCACAGGGCAGAGAUUUCUUAGAUUACAGGGAAAGCUUAGAGACAAAUCCAAAUGUUGAGACCCACUCCCCUUUACACGCGUUCAGGGAUCGCAACCCAGUGUCCAUGUCGAUGGGGCCUUCCGAUUCACACAGCCACGUCCUUUUCGAUCAGGUAUUGAACUCAAACGACAGGGCUAAAGCCCAGGCUCGGGGAGGGGGAGCAACAUCAGGCAAUAGUAAAGAGAAACGGUUCCUCUGCAUGUUCUGUAACAAAGGCUUCAGCUGCCCCCAGAAUGUGGAGAUCCACCAGAGGGUCCACACAGGGGAGAAACCCUACAGCUGCCCCCAGUGUCACAUGCGCUUCGCCCAGUCUGGCAGCCUGAAGAGACACCAAAGGGUCCACACAGGUGAGAAACCCUACAGCUGCCCCCAGUGCGAGAAGAGGUUCUCCCGCCAGCACCUGCUGAAGACGCACCUGAAGGUUCACACAGGAGAGAGGCCAUUCGCCUGUACGCACUGCGGGAAGAGGUUCUCAGAGAGGAGCUACCUCAGGAUACAUCAGCAGAAAAACCAUUCCAUAACUAUAGCUUCUGACGUUUAGAUCAAACCCUGCAUUAAAAGUAGACUCAGCGAGAUGACGUAGAUGCACAAAGAAAACCGCAGUAGUGGGUCAAUUUCCACAACAACUAAGAGCGUUGAAGCACGAGGCUAAACUUCUCUGAAGUUUUGGUCCUGCAGCUACCAUGUUGUAGCAGCGUGAAGCAAACCCGUGUACAUGCGCAGAUACUCUGUGUGACAGCAAAGUCUAGCAUCACGCUCUUAACAAUAUCUGCGGUUCUGCUCGUGGCAACCUCAUAACGCUGAGUCUUCCUUUAAAGACUGUUCAUUUUCAUUGUUGUCAAAAUAACGAGAGUAACAGAUUUCAGUGUUGAAUAUUCCUGGGUAGAAUAUUUCCUUCAGGCGUUGUGUGAUACAGUGCCUUUAGAAAGUAUUCACACCACUCAACUUUUUUCACAUUUUGUUGUGUUACUGGCCUACACACAA